AUUAUUGUUCGAUCAUGAUCAUAGUACAUCCAUCAAAAAUUAAGCUCGAAUUGCUCAUUUUACGUUAUUUUUUUAUAUUGUGCCAACUGUAAACGUAAAUAAGUGUUUAUUAGUAGUUAGAAAUUAUUAUAUGGUAAUCAAUGAAUUCUACAUGACGUUUGUGUUUGUAAAUGUGCAUAUGCUUUGUUGUGAGAACCACCUUUAUCUUCUGUCAUUCUAUGCCGUAAGCAACUGAAAUUUUCGAUAAUGAAACACAAGUUGCCAAUCGAAUGUUAGGUUAUUGAAUAGACGAAUGCAAACGAAGCGAAAAAUAAUUCUAAUUUAUUGAUAUGUCGUGAGUAAACUAGUGAUCAUAUUCGGAGAAGCAAUUGGGAGAAUGUAUUGUAGUGUUUAGCCUUAGUGGCCACAGAGAUCAAGAACACAACAGGAUGGAAGUGAAGGAUGAGGAUCGCAUGAGGCGUCUUCAUGCGUUGGAGGAACGUUUGUGUGACCCCCGUUCCACCGGUAAUGUGGACUGUCUACUGGAUACCGUCACUGCGCUCGUGUCCGAUUGUGACCAUCCAGCUAUUCGUCGCAUGAAAAACGUCGAAGCCUACACUAGUAGAUAUGAAGAGUUUUCUUCAGAAAUUAUUAAUCUGCGAAUGAAGGCAGCUGAUUUCCAUUUAAUUAAAGUGAUUGGACGAGGGGCAUUUGGUGAAGUACAACUAGUCAGACAAAAGUCUACCAACCAUGUUUAUGCCAUGAAACUUCUUAGUAAAGUAGAAAUGAUUAAGAGGUCAGACUCCACAUUCUUUUGGGAAGAAAGGCACAUUAUGGCCCAUGCCAACUCGGACUGGAUACUAAAAUUGCAUUUUGCAUUUCAAGAUCAUAAAUAUCUUUAUAUGGUAAUGGAUUAUAUGCCUGGUGGUGAUCUUGUCAGUCUAAUGUCGAACUAUGACAUACCAGAGAAAUGGGCAAAAUUCUACACAAUGGAGAUUGUUCUUGCUCUGGAUGUUAUUCAUGGCAUGGGAUUUGUCCAUAGAGAUGUAAAACCAGACAAUAUGUUGAUAGAUAAACAUGGCCAUUUAAAGCUAGCUGAUUUUGGUACUUGUAUGAGAAUGGGACUGGAUGGCUUAGUUCGAGCAAGCAAUGCUGUGGGAACUCCUGAUUAUAUAUCUCCUGAAGUUCUGCAGUCACAAAAUGGUGAAGGAGUAUAUGGGCGUGAGUGCGAUUGGUGGGCAGUAGGAAUAUUUUUGUACGAAAUGCUUAUUGGUGACCCUCCUUUUUAUGCUGAUAGUUUAGUGGGCACGUAUGGUAAAAUUAUGGAUCACAGGAAUUCUUUACAGUUUCCUGAUGAUGUUGAGAUCUCAAAAGAAGCAAAGUCUCUAAUUAGAGGGCUUUUAACUGAUAGAACUAAAAGAUUAGGUAGAAACAGUGUGGAUGAAAUUAAACAGCAUCCAUUUUUUAUAAAUGAUCAAUGGAGUUUUGAAAAUCUGAGGGAUUCUGUACCUCCUGUGGUGCCUGAACUCUCCAGUGAUGAUGAUACUAGGAACUUUGAUGAUAUAGAAAAAUCAGAUGCACUUGAUGAAUCCUUUCCUGUACCAAAAGCAUUUGUUGGUAAUCAUUUGCCAUUUGUUGGUUUCACUUAUAAUGGUGAUUACCAAUUGUGCACUCGCCAAAAGAAAGCAAAUGACGUAGUAGACACAAUAUCUAAUAAUCAUAUCAACAAUGAUGGAUCUGAAGCCAUAUAUCAACUAGAGAAACUGCUCGAAAGAGAAAGAGAUGGCAAACGUAAACUAGAAGAUACUCAAGCUGCCCUAUGUGCUCAGCUCGAAGAACUAUCACAGAGAGAACUACGCAAUAAAAAAAUAAUUUCUGAAAGCGAUAAAGAGGUUGCAUUACUGAGACAUGAUCUUAAAGAAAUUCAACGGAUAGCUGAACUGGAAGUAGAAUCUAGACGAAAGGCUGAAGCUAAUCUCAAUGAGGCAAAACGUCGUCUUGAAGAGGAACAAACCAAGAGAACGAAAGAAAUGAGUAAUUUACACAUAUACAACGAAAAAAUUAACGCAUUAGAAAAACAGCUCGAAGAAUUGCGAGAGAAACUAAAACAGGAGUCUGAAGCAGCAGCCAAAUCUAGGAAGCAAGCUGCCGAGCUAUCGGCUGCCCAGGCCGCUGCCGCAGCUGUCAACGACGGCACGGUAACCAGCUUGCGGGCUCAACGUGAUGCUCUCGAACGAGAGAGAAGUAUUUUAUCAGAGGAACUGAGCGAAGUUAAGGCAGCUAGACAACGUUCGGAAGCGGCGGUCACUGAGGCCACCUGCAGACUCAAUGCGGCUCAUGCAGAAUUGGAGCGCACUUCGACACGAUUAUCUCAAAUGAUCGCUGAUAACAGACAAUUAACAGAACGUGUAUCUUCACUAGAGAAGGAAUGCACUUCAUUAUCUCAUGAGUUAAGAUCAGCGCAACAUUUAUAUCAACAAGAGGUGCGUGCACAUCAGGACACGCAACGAUCUCAGCUUCUCUCUAAACAAGAAGCCAACUUGGAACUAGUCAAGACCCUGCAAACUAAGCUGAACGAAGAAAAGACUGCCAGACAACGGUCGGAAUCAGCUUGUCAAGAGAAAGACCGACAGAUGUCGAUGCUCAGCGUUGAUUACAGACAGAUGCAGCAGAGACUCCAGAAACUAGAGGGCGAACAUCGGCAAGAAAGCGAAAAGGUAUGCGGGCUGGUCGCGUCGCUGGAGCAGGAGCGCGCGGCUCGUCUGGCGGCGUCGGGCGAGGUGUCGGCGGCGGAGGCGGCGGCCCGCACCGCGCUCGCCGAGCGGGACGCGCGCGCCCGCGACCUGCACGCCGUGCGCGCCGCGCUGCACGACGCCUCCGAGAAACUAGCCGCCGCCAGCGCAGAGCGGGACAUGUACUACGCCAGGAGUGAAGAGUUGCGCUCUCAGUUGGAGAAUGAGCAACAUUACUGCCAUGUGUAUAGAAGUCAGGUCAACGAGAUCCGCACCCAGGUGGAGGAGAGUUCUCGCGCUGCCCGGGACCUCGAACAAGAAAGGUCCAGCUUGUUGCAUCAACUACAGCUCGCCAUCGCUAGGGCCGACUCUGAGGCUAUUGCAAGAUCGAUAGCGGAAGAGACAGUUGGCGAAUUGGAGAAGGAGAAGACAAUGAAAGAGUUAGAGAUGCGGGAAGCUGUGUCCCAGCAUCGCGCCGAGCUGGCGGCCCGCGACAACAUGCUGCAGGGCCUGCGGGACCGGGACCACGAGAACCGCGCCACCAUCGACCUGCAGCGGAAGGAGGUGGACGAGCUCCGGCGCAGCGGCACGGCGCUGGCGGAGCGCGUGGCGUCGCUGCAGCGGCUGCAGGACGAGCUGGACCGACUCAACAAGAAGCUCAACUCCGAGAUCAUGCUCAAGCAGCAGGCGGUCAACAAGCUCGCUGAGAUCAUGAACAGGAAAGACAUGAACCCGACUGCGGGCAAGAAUAAGAGCAAGAUGUCGGUCCGGAAGGACAAGGAUUACCGCAAGCUGCAGCAAGAGCUGACCCGGGAAAAGGAGAAGUUCGACCAGCACAUCUCGAAGCUGCAGCGGGACCUGCAGGACUGUCAGCAGCAGUUGCUGGACGAGCAGUCCACCAGGCUUAGACUUGCCAUGGAGGUUGACAGCAAAGACGCUGAGAUCGAGCAGCUGAAGGAGAAGCUCGCCGCGCUCACCAGCGAGACGGCGUCGCAGUCGUCGGCCGACGCGGAGGACGGCGAGAACGAGCAGAUCCUCGAAGGCUGGCUCUCGGUGCCGUUCAAGCAGAACAUACGCAGGCACGGCUGGAAGAAGCAGUACGUCGUCGUUUCCUCCAAGAAGAUCAUCUUCUACAACUCUGAGAACGAUAAACAGAAUACCACAGAUCCCGUCAUGAUCUUGGAUUUGAGCAAGGUGUUCCACGUGCGCUCCGUGACGCAGGGCGACGUGAUCCGCGCCGACGCGAAGGACAUCCCGCGGAUCUUCCAGCUGCUGUACGCGGGCGAGGGGGAGGCGCGCCGCCCCGACCAGCAGGACCAGCCGCAGGACUCCACCGACCAUCAAGGCAACACGGUGCAGCACAAAGGUCACGACCUGGUGAGCAUCACGUACCACAUCCCGACGGCGUGCGAGGUGUGCACGCGGCCGCUGUGGCACAUGUUCCGGCCGCCGCAGGCCUACGAGUGUCGCCGGUGUCGGAUGAAGAUCCACGCGGAGCACCUGACGGAGGGCGAGGGCGUGGCGGCGUGCAAGCUGCACGCGGACCGCGCGCGCGAGCUGCUGCUGCUGGCGCCCGCCGCGCCCGAGCAGCGCCGCUGGGUGGCCCGCCUGGCGCGCCGCGUGCAGCGACACGGCUACCGCGCCGCGCACCACAACCACGACCAUCGCCUCUCGCCCAGGGACUCUAUGCGCUCGAACCUGAAGUCGGCCGCGCACCUGAACGUGUCCCAGCGCAGCUCCACGCUGCCCGCCAACGCGUCCAUGCAGCGGCAGUGACGUCACCCGCCCCGCCGGACGCGGCGCCAUCUAAGGAAUUGAUUUAUCGGCUUGUUUCGUCGCGAUUACGGUUUUUUUUAUACUAACAUUUUUGGGUCUUUUAGUUUAGAGAAAAUGUUACGUUCUGUUUGAAAUGCGCUUUAAAUCGAAGUUCCACUGGAGGAAACGUUGCAAAAUCGUUUUUGAUCUGGCUGACGUUAGGAAUUUAUAUUGAAUCUUUGAUAUUUUGUACCUACCAUGAUCCGUUGUAUAAAAGUAGCUAGUCUUAAAAAUUAAAGUUAGGUCGAAAAAUUUUUUUUAAUUCUAAAUUAUAUCAGCGUAACAGCUGUGAUAGUUAUUGAAAAUGUUGAUAUUUUGUACUUAUUAAAGUUUACCGUUGAUCCAGCGGUCACCCCUCAAUUGUAUAGGAAAGACAUUAAUUUAAAUAAUUUUCUAAAUCGCACGGGCAAAUACGGUGGUGCUAUAUUUCGAACUAUGUCUGCAAUUCAUCGCGCCCCUGCCGGUGUGCUUUUACGCUUUACAUACUUGCAUUCACAAAAUUUCGGAACUGUUGUAAGCUUACACUAACAUAAGACAAAAAAAAGAACUCCAGUAAUGCUGAUUUUUACAAUCGUUUAGCUCAUUGGAAACUAGAACGAAUAAUUCCAAAAUACUUUUUUCAAAUUUCAAACUCCCCACGAUAAACAACAUAACAAUUUUUGGAUUGUUUUUAUAUAUUUGCAUUUUAGUUAUAUCAUACAAUUGUUUGUAAUCAAGAUUAUCGGUAUCGGAAAAUUAAUUUACCAGACAUCAUUUAUUUUAUGGACAAGUUAUUUCUCAUCUUUGUUAUCGGCUUGAUAGGAAAACGGUAUCUGAAGUCGUACCCUUUAGCUUUGAAUUUAAAAAAAAAAUAUUACAGGUAUUCUACAGCCGCUAACAUCCGACUGCACAUUUCAAUGAACUGUAGUCGGACUAAAUAAAUUUGAGCAAUUAUUGCAUUGUUUUUCACCAUUAAAUACUUUUUGUUUUUUAUAUUACCUCUCUCUUGCUUAUCAUUGAUUAUAGUUUAAUUUAUAUGUUGUAUUAAACUGAACAGGGAUAUUAAGACAAAUAAAUGUUAAUAAUAAUAAUAUGUAAUACUAUAAUUAGAGAUUGUGUUAAUAGUUAAUGACGACAACUGCGUCUGAAAUCUAGAUACAUUUAUUUUUUAAAAGCCGUAUAAUGUUUUGUGUAUUCCGAAUUGCCUAAAUAAAUGUAAUUUUUUACUAACUACUACAGUUACUACUAUGAGGGACCCAUAAAAUUUAGAAUAAGUUCAUUGUACACAUUGUCCCUUAAGCAUUUUCAGAUGAACGAAUAAACGGUGCCAUACAUUUUUAAUAUUCCGAACUGAGCCGUCAUAAAUAUUUUGCUCAAACGAGAUAGUACUUUAAAAUUUAAAUUCAGCGUGAUACUUAAUUUUUUUAAGAUUCUCUUUGUGGGCUUCCUUAUUGGAUCAGUUGUUUGUGUAUUCUAAAAUACGAAAUCGAUGUAAUAUAAACGUUUCAAGCCUAAAGCGAAUGUGAUGCGUAGGUUAUCAAAACUAAGCUUCGGCCUAUUGUUAGGUGAAUGUUGCGUCUAUAGGUCUGAGUAAAUUUAAAUUAUUCGAAAGCAAUAAUUCGAGUGUCUUAUAAAUAAAUGCUCUAUGAUUUUGAUACUCUAUUUUUGUCCUUUUGAAGGUGGUGCCAAAAUAUUUGAAGUUUGGUUCCAAUAUAUAUAUAUAUAUAUAUACAUAUAUACGAUGCGUGUUGCUUGAUGUUGUACAGCUCUCGGAUAAUUCUCAUUAGUAUUGUUAUUGAAAUAUCAACACCAACGUUAUUUAGCUUAAAGCUCACGUUUUCUAGAAACACCAACGGGCCUUGUUACAUGAAAAUAUAAGUUGUGAUUUGAAAGUACAAAAUAUAGAGGGGAGUUGAAGAACUGAAGUGCGGUGGGGAGGGUGGGUGCAGUCUCGUGCUGUCACAAGCCGCGUGACGUCACGCGCGAGGCAGAUCACCCGCGGUGCUAGAGGGAAGUGUCUCCAGAACAUUGUUACUGCUUUUUCUUGUUGAACUUAACAAUUCUGUGCCUACAGUUAUAGUGCAGUAUAAUAGUGCAAAUGUCCAAUUUCGUCCCGGAUGAAUUUAUUAAACAAAAAUGAUUCAUAAAAAACGGUUCUUAUCUGGAGACAGAUAAAGAUGGAUAUCUAAAAAUACAGUACAAAUUUGGAUCAUGUCUCGUUUAUAAAUUCGUUUAGGACAAAAUUCUUAUGAACAAACGGUACAGAAAUCGUGAAAUGCUCCGUAUGAUGAUCGGUCUGCACACUGUUUACAUUCCUUCAACGAAAUCUAUGUUGAAUUUUGUUUACUUUAGUUUAUAGAAUGACUCGAGUACGUUAACAGUUGCUUGUUCAGAAAUCGCUUCACGUUUUUUUUUUCUAUUAUAUAGUAGAGUAAGUUUGAAACAAUCUCCAUCGUUCACGUACUGACACACGAAUUUCAAAUUAUGUACUUAAGUGUUUUGAUAAAUUGAAAUUCAUCGUAGGUUUACGCUUAUUUUUUGAAUGCAUUUUUUUUUAUAAUACUUUUUUUUUUAAAUUAGGGCAGCUAUUGCAUUGUUCGCGUUAUUUCAUUCCAUAAUUAUUGUGUCGUGAUUAUUUUUUUUUUGUGGUCAACGAGUUCGGAAAUGGUUCUUUUUUGUUGCCAAAGAAAUUUUUUUGAAAUUUCGAUUUUAACAAAAUGAAGCAGUUUGUUGUGUUCGAAUGAUUAAAUUACAUGUUAUUCAUUUUGCUUGUCAUUAAAUUAAUGCAGAUAAUAGUUGUUAUUUCAUUACUUAUGCAUAAUUAAUUAUAUGAGCAUUUUUAAAAUAUGACAUUUUCCGGGAGUAUUUUUGUUGUUUGUUGACGCGAAACUGUUAAAGCGAAUCUAGAAAUACUCCCGUUUGUCUUUAACGAUUAACACUAAUGGACAAUGUAAAGUCAUCAUGUAAAUUAUUUAUAUUAAUAAUAUUAUAAUUGAAUUGCAUCAUUCAUUAUCGUAACGUUUUAUUUAUCAUGCUAAUGUUAUAAGUUCCUAACUAGCUAGCUUUUCAUUUGUAAAGAAGCCGCGUUAGGCCUAUCGCUGGCUUAGUUUCGGCAACAGUUCAAUUAGUCUGUAAUAGUGCCGGGGCCUCUGCAAGUCCGUGACGCGCGGACUUGUCUAUGGUCGGAAUGCAAUACGGAGGAACCACGUGCCUUAGAGCUGCGGCCCGAUCCCAUAUCAUUUAGACUAACUUGUGUAUCAAUAAUAAAUUCAAAAUGUACAUAAUGUUUUGAAAUAAAUCAAUAUUUUAUGGAUUUAUUAAGGAUUUUGUAUAUUGUAAAGAUUAUUAAUUUUAUCAUAAAAUUAAUGCCUAGCAAAUAAGUGCUACAUUUGUGGAAAAAAUA